AUGACUACCGCCAUCGACAAAGCUUUUUACGACGAACAAGGGUACAUCAUCAUCCCAAAUCUCAUUCCUCCACAGACGUUCGAGGCCCUCGAAGAGGCCUGUGAGCGUGUUAUAGCUAAGACCAGAUCUGGAUCAUGGCCCCACCGGCGCACCGUUGGAAGACAAUUCCCUCCGUUCGACGAUAGCAAUCCAGAUUCAUGGGGCGUUCAACACCUCAUGCAUCCUGACCUUGAUGAGCCCGCAUUUACAGAGUGGUACACCUCGGACGCGCUUAUUAAUGUUGCGACGAAUUUGUUGCAAUGUAAUGAAGAUGAGCUGCAGAUGGAGCUUUCUAACCUGUUGAUCAACCCAUUAGAACAUGAUUUUGCCCUUCGAUGGCAUCGUGACGACGUACGAGAAAACGCGACCGCUGAAGAAGAAGUUGUUGCUCUUGCACUCUGGACGCAUGGUGUCCAAUGGAAUACGCGAGUACUCUCCAACGUCGACUUCGCUUUGUACGAGGACUCGUGUCUCUACCUCGUCCCAAAGACCCAUAGUUUCCCAAGAACGGAGCUUCAGAGAGCUCAGUCAAUGACACAAGCACCGCCUGCGAACCCCUUAGAUAUGCCCGGAGCGAUUCAAGUCACCUUGCAACCUGGCGAGACGGUGAUCUAUAAUAACAAUAUACUACACUGCGGAGCAUACAACUCGAAACAGCGCCGCGCGACGCUCCAUGGUUGCAUGGGCGACAUACGUGGUGGAUCGACAAGAGCCAAAAAUGUCCUCCAGCAUGGACUGUUGUGGAUGACAGAGGACCGCUUCCGUGAUCGGUUGAAUGAGAGAGGAAAGAGGAUGCUUCAGGCUCUCAUCGAUAUGAAGAAUGGUGUUCAAGGCGAUCUCGGAUAUUCGCUAGUGAAUUAG